GUAACGUGCAAUCUUAUUGGCCUUGAAGCAGACGACUUUUUGUUAUUGCCGCAAUGAAAACUCAAACAUGUGCUUGACCUAUAAGUCACGACAUUUUACAAGUAGACCAUGAACGCAGUGUGCGAGUCCCUUGACUGCCAGCAUGUGCCCUCCACCCCCAGCUGCCCCAGACCAGACCCAUCUGAUGCCAGGGUUCCAGACGUACACUGGGGAAACAGCCCCGACAUAAGUUAUAAGAGUGAACUCCUGGUCCCCUCAACACCGACCAGUCCCUCGGGAAGAAGAGUCUACUAUACCCAGAGGGGCGGCGGCUUGGGUGCUGACAGCAGGUGCACGUACCUGCACGUAAGCCGGGUGCAGGGAUGCAGACAGGUGCCUGAUAUAGAAUUAUUCACAAGUUUUGCCGAGCAGGUCGUUCCUUAUACACCAAGAGGGCAAGCGCCGGCCACCCCGGGUGAGCCACGUCGCGUGACCAAUAAGACAUCGCCGACUUACAAAAGGGCAAAGGUUGCGAAGUCGAGACUAGCCGGUACACCUCUGUUACCGUGUUCAACAUGUCACGUGAACAAAGAGAGGCAAUUUAGCCUGUUCUCCGGAGAUGAGAUAUUUGCGUAGAUGGAUGCACAGAGGUAGAGUUUCGUUGGUAGUUCCCGUUCCCAUGCAAUCUGUUACCUCUAUAUUUUGUUUUUUUGUUAGAUCAUGUCAACAUACUUUUGGAGCUUACUUAAUAGUGUUUCAUAUUUGAAUCCUGUGGAAAUUCGCAAACUAAAUUGUUAACCGAACAUUAUUUGUAAAGGCCGGGAAAGUGGCGCCGGAAAACUCGUGUCGUUUCAUGUUAAUUCUUCCUGUUCAAAGAUUAAUAAAUAUAUGUUUUAGUUUU